CGUCAUUGAUCACGUGGUUUCCCGGGUUCGGACCACGGUUCAUGAUCAGCUGGAAGUGAUACAAGCUUUGUAUUGUCACCGUCGAAGUAACGUUACUGUAUAUAGGUAAAAUGACUGAAGUAGAGGAAACUCUGAAGAGAAUUCAGAGCCAGAAGGGAGUGCAAGGAAUCAUCAUUAUCAACUCAGAAGGAAUCCCCAUCAAGUCAAGUCUGGACACCUCGACCACGGUGCAGUACGCCUCAUUGCUUCAGCAGCUGGUGAUGAAAGCAAGAAGUACUUUAAGAGACAUCGACCCCCAGAACGACCUCACCUUCCUCCGUAUCCGCUCAAAGAAGAACGAGAUCAUGAUUGCACCAGACAAGGACUUUUUCAUGAUUGUCAUCCAGAACCCAUCAGAAUGAAGCUGAAGCACCAGCGUCUGGCUCAUGACCGUUGGUCUUGUGUUUAAACAGCCACACAAACAUUCUCAUAUAGCUUGAGCAGUUCUAAGGUCACGCCUCAUGACUGUGAGAUCUCUGAACCAAACUGUACUUCAACAAUAUGUGGGCAAAGAAUUUUUAUUUUUGUUUUUUAACACAUUCCUUUUUGGUUGUCAUUUUGUGCAUAUUUGUUGAAUGUGUGGCUUGGAUUAGGCGUAAGACUUGCUCACCUGCUGGAGCAGCCAACGGAGCUGGACCAGAGAGUGACAGCAACACAUUGGGGGAGGUGUAGCUCUGUCACUCGGUUGUAUGAAGACAGCUUUAAAGAAUUUUCAUCACGUACAGUAAUAAACAACUGCAAAAAUCACAAGAUGUGAAAGCUGACACCAGUUUCAUUGAUGACCGUUUACACUUAAAUAUACAUAAAUUCAAUCAAUCAACAUUUAUUCAUCAUCAGUUAACCCUGUUAAUCCAUUAAGGCUGCUUAAAGGAGGACUCCAGGAUUUUACAACGUAGGCUCUAGUUUUCAAUGUUUUGGGGCUCAAAAUUUCAUUCAGUAAUUGACAUGGGGGGCUUGUUAUGCAACUCGCAAACCCUCAUUGGCAGUUGACUUGUAAUGGCUUGGUAGAGAACAGCACCAGGGGAGGACAGCUAGGCUAAGGUAAGCAUCUAACUCUGCAAUUGGCCUUUCUAAAACAUCUCUUAUUUACAUUUGGUCUGCAGGGAUCCUUCUGUGCUUCCAGACUUGAAAUAACAUUUUCACAAGAAGCAGAAACUGGUUUAACCUGGUUUGGCUGCAACAGUUUGCAUUUAAAAUCAAAAUUGCACCGAUUAUUUGUUUAAUCCCAAAUUAAAACAUGACCCCAAAAAAUCUAAACAACAACAAAAAAGAGCCUAGGUCGUAAGAUUCCCAGAGAUGAUCUUGCAGAGUUGAUGACAAAGUAAAGCUACAUUAAAGUAGACUUUAUUCAGUUCAACUUUAUGACUCUUUUGACACACUCGCUUUGACUUUAAUGCACAGCCACAGUGUAACUGAACCCAUUCUAUGAUCAGCUAAGUGACAGAGCAACAGCCUCAGGAUUUUGCUUACUUUAUUUUUUCAGUAUCACUUUAAUCUCAAUUUGUCAAUUAUUAAAUUAUUUGUUUUGUUAUGAUAUUGAAAUACAGUAUUUUGUUGGUGAGCACAGAACUACACUAUCAAACAUUUCUCUGUUGCCAUGUUGGUUUAUCUGUAACAGUUAAAAGUAAAAUUGG